GUUGCUUAAGUGAGUGGAAAAAUUUCCAAUAGGUGUGGAGAAGGGCAUUCUCGAAGCUGAUGGCUUCCGCACAUGUAAGUGCAUACCUAACUUUAUUAGACUUAUCUUUUUUUUCUGUUCCAGUGGUGUUCUGUAAAAAACUCACGCUGAGGAAUGUUUUUCUAUAAGAAAGUUUUAAUUCAUUAUCUUAUUAGUUUCUAGCCUUAAACACUCAUUAAUCGGACGUUAUAUAGUUCUAAAAAGUAUGACGUUAUGCGAAGUUCAUUGAUCGAUCUUCUAGAAAACUAUCUCGUGUUUAUAUGCUUCACUUCUUUUCUUUAUUAAACAAAUCAGCCUUUAAAUCCUUUAAGUAGAUCAGCAGUGUUUAUAAGUUUUGUUAGUACUAAAACAUUUGACAAAAAUGUUGCGGUUUGUUUAGUAUUGAUACUGUGUAUGAGAUUUAGGUGAUCUUGUAAGCUCCAAGCGGCCAGAGAUGCUUCAAGGUUGUUUAACGCGUUUAAAAGUUGACAAAUGUUUGCUUUCUCUACCAUAACAAAUAUUUGGCAGUUUUAAGGAUUACGGUUUGACUCUGCGAAAUGAAAGCACUUCACUUUCGAGGGUUAAGUUAUCUUUGAAACGAACUGACUUUACUCGUGCAGACAGUUCGUUCCUCUCGAUGUGACGGCGGUUUGUGGUGAUGUGAAGCGUUAUUAAGACAAAAGCGAUGACUGAGACAUUAAAAUUAAUGACAGGUUUCAAAUUUCAGAAAAACAAUGAGACUUUUAGCCAGGAUCAAACCUGGAAGAACAAUAUUUAAAGCAAAGUUUUGUAUGUGAAGGAAUUCCCUUACGCUCUAUAACAAGCUGAUAAGUGAAAGAGCCCAAUAUAGUAUUGCUUAAAUUAGACCGUAGGCACUGCAUAAUGAUCAGGUUUUGCAAUGUUUUGUGAUGUGAAAAUCAAUGUGUAGAACUAACAUGUAGCAUUGUUGUCACAGGAAUCCACUUGCCAAGCCUGGGGGGCUGGCAAAAUUUUCUUUUGCCAAAAGAAAAAUUUGAAAGCCCUGACUGUGUAACAAUGUGUUGAAAUUAUUGCAAGCGUAAAGUUUGGAAUUUGAGCCCUUUUACAUUUGUAGCAAAUUGUGAAUUUUGGUAAACUCAAGGUAAUUAACUUGUCCAAGUAACAAAGGUAUUUGUUUGCUCAAUGUACCAGUGUAUGAGUUGUGUGCAGGCAAACAGUUGUAAAAGGGUAUUCUGGAAAAAACAUUGAGAUAUUUUUUGUUAUCAUUGUGAUCUAAAAAGAAAAUAUUAACUAUUUCUAUAUUGAAACAAAACAUCUGAGCAAGUGAGGUACCAGUGUACAAACUAAGUUGUCAGAAAACAUAAUUCAUUAUCAGUCUGAACUAUGAAGCUUCCCCUUAGAGCAGGUUUCAUACAGUUAGGACUUUGCAGCUUUUUGCCCUAAAAAUCCAAGUAAGUCUAUGAAAUAAACCUUUGAGAUAAAAGAAACUUAGCUUUAUUAGGCUUAAUUAAGAACUAGACUAAAACAUUAUAAUAGUGAUAAUUUCUUUUGUUGUAAUUAACAACUGAAGCAAAAGAAGUUAUUCUUGUUAUUUUUAGUCUUUGCUUCCUACAGAUAGAGUUAAACGUUUUUACGGAUUAACAGCUGUUAUUUACAAAAUAUUGGUGAUUAUAUAUAGGUUACCUUUACAUUAUUGCCUUAAAAACAAAUUGGAAUUGUUAACACUUUGUAGUUAACCAGUGUGUGCAUUCAUCCCUGGUAGAUGCUAACAACUCCAUAAAAAAGGGAAUCAAUACAGACAUUUACUUGUUGAUCUUUUUUAUAUAAAAGUCAAUGUGAACUAACCCAAUAUCAUUAUCAUUAUCAUCAUCAAUCUUCAAUGACUCACACUUGAAUUUGUUACAAAAAAAAUACUCUUGAAUACCUUUGCUCCUGGGGUACAGAACCAAAAAAAAAAAAAUAAUGGUAAACAAUGCGAAGCUUAAAUGGUAAUUUUAGCCCAAUUUGUCACAGCAAACAAUUUUACUGGCGUACUCAAAAGUAGUUUUUCUGUAGGAAGGUUUUCUACUUUAAUUUGGAUUUCUUUGUGAAGUGUUUCUUUGUCAGAUGAAUGUUGUUGAAUCAAAUGUCAACUUGAUCUAGAAAUAACAAAUAAAUAAAUGAAUAGAUGAAUAUUAAAGUUACCUGGAAGUCCCUCAGGGUUUUUUCUCUUUGCACCCCUUCAAAUAUGGCUAAAAUCUUGGACAAGAAACGUUAAGAAAAAUGGGCAUUGCCAUGUCUAGUUUCAAGGUAAAGCUAGCUGUUGAAGACACUGUCAACUGAAAAAACACCCCAUUUCCCCCAAAAGCAAAUUGAAAUCCCACUGGAUCAUUUCUUACUGCCAACUUAACAACUACAUUGACCAGGGUGGAGGGAGGGGAGGGGCCAUCGUGGUACCAAAUCCGUGGAUAGGUGUUCUGUGGGUAAGGAAGUGCAAAGUUCUUAACACUUUUAGUGGUUCUAACAUGUAAACAAAACCAACGUCUAUCAUAAAUUAUAAUAUAAUCUAAAUUCACUAUGACGACUUUUGAAAACGGGUACGGUUUUUGAUCUGUUUUCAAAAACUUACCGGUUUAAAAAAGUGUAAUCUGCUAAUCAUCCAGCAUUAAUAAAAGGAAUCAAGGGAACAGGUUAUCUUUUAUGUUAUAAUGACAGAAUGAGGGUGAUCCGCUUGGUGUUACCAACAGCAUGAAAAAGGAGGGUGCAUCAAACACAACUGCAAUAAAGUCUCAAGGAAAGGUAUGUAAUAUGAUAUUAUAUGUAGUACAAUUAACUCUCUCUCAACAUGGACACCUUUGGGACCGGCACUAUAUAUAUCCAUCUGAGAGAGAUGUCUGUCUUAUUGAGAAGCAACUAAAAGGAGUGAAGAAAGGCAGGCACUAAGUUUUGGUGUCUGUUUUAGCGAGGUGCCCGUCUUUUUUUAGAGGUGUCCAUCAAGAGAGUCGACUGUACUUCCCUACAGCUGUAUAACGAGCUUUGCUUUGGAACAAAGGAUAGAGUUAAUGAUAUAAAUAAUAAUAGCAAUUGUGAGAAGCCAGGAAAUUGAAUAGAGACAGUUGUCAGUACCCUCUGUAGAAAGUUUUUUUCCCCAGCUUCAAGUAACCUCCUGCUCCUAGAUAGCUUCCAGUCCAGAACCCCCUUUAAACCCUAGCAGUGAUCAGUGUCAAAUUUCUCUUUGUUAUAUCAAUGUGUUAUGAAACAGUGAUCAUGAGAAAACAGGACUUAGUUGUUAAUUGAUAUGUUAACAACUUUUGCUGACUAUAUGGAAAUGUGGAAUAACAAGUGAGAAUUUAAAUUUUGACAUCAGGGGUUAAAGACUUAACAGAGAAACUAAAGUGAAUGGGUCCUGUGUCUCUUUGUACAUUGUAUUGGGGGGAUCUCCUUGUAUUAUGAGUUGUAAUAAUAAUAAUUAUUAUUUAAUAAUAAUAUUAUUGUAGUGUAUGCAAGAAUGAAUGAGUUAAACAUACAUACCAGGUGGAGUUCUGUAAAAUUAUUUUUCAAUUAAUUUUCUCACAGCUUAAGUCACUUCCAAAAGAAGAACUGAUAAAAUUUGUCAAGAAACAACUUGCAUUGUUAAAGCAAACCAAAGCAAAGUGUGAAGGUAUGGUGUAUAAUUUAAGGUGCAAAGUAGGGCUGUCACUAAGAUUCUAGUUGCCAGGAAAUACAGCAAGUAGGCAGGGAAUCAAACAGCUAGGAGAUUUCUUUUGGUUCUAGUUUUCUUCUACUUUCCUAAGAAAGUAGCUGGGGGCUACGUUCUUAGUAGCCGGGGGAAUUCCUGGCCCCCGCCUCUUAGUGACAUCCCUGUUGAAGGGUUAAAUUAUGUGCUUUGUUUUUGUUUUGGGACAUUUUUAUAGACCUGUCCUCACAAUUGGAAGAAGAAAGAAAUGAAGUACAGAGACUGGAAGCUGAAAAGAAGGAGUGGCUGUCAAGAGGAGUGCAUGCUGAGUUUGAAAAGAAAGACAAGGUACAUGUGUACACGUUUGUAUUCACUAACUGACUAGUUGACCCUUGGGCAAGAUGAUUGCAUUGGUAUGCUGUUCUGUAGUAAAACACAGCCAUGUUGAGAGGCAAAUAAUGUGUUGUACAUUUUCUGAAAAUUUUGAAUAUUGUGUACAUGAGCAUAAUUUGUCUUUAACCAGUAAAUUAUGUCUGAAUAUCAAUUUUCUGAAGAGAGUAAUAUGUUAAUAUGAUGGUUCUUUUUAUGUGUAAGCUUAAUUAAUUGUUUCAAAUUAAAUGUACUGCUCAGUGGGAUGUGUAAAAUAUUGUACAUGAUGUUGCAUGUGCCCGCCGGAUUAAAUACACUGUGAAAAUGAUCCUUGUUGUUUAAUGCUGUGGCAAAACUCCAAGUAUAAGAUAUAAUUCAUAAGUUAUAAAUAAUAGUUUUAAAUGUGUAAGUUCAGUUAACUGUUUCAGAGUAAGUUAAAAAUUUUUGCACUCUGGCCGAUGUAUAUUAUAGUUGCACAGGUUUAAAAAAUGAAGUGAUUUAAAAGAAAAGCUGUACACGCAAAACUUGAAUUAUAAAAUACUAUAAUGUUCAUAAAAUUAAAUUCAAAAUUUCAAUACAUUUGAAAAUUAGAUCUUAAAGAAAAAUGAAGAAUUAAAAAUGGCUGCUGAACUUGGGAGAAAGAUGUUAGAGGAAAAUGAUGGGUUACGUGGAAUGUACAAUCAACUUGAGCAGGAACAUGAGAAAACAGUUAAAGUAAGGAACUAAAAAAUCUUCUUUCAUUUGCUUUAUUCGCUAUAACGUGUAAGUACUUAUAAAUCCUCUUUUAUUUUUAUUAUUUCUUCUAAGAACACUAAAAAUUAAUAUUGUUAGAACUGUUUUAAAUGGUGAAUAUUAAUUUUAAUAGCCUGGUGAAAUGUUAGAUUUAUAGUAAUAUUAUAAUGGCUAAAAAAUCUUUAACCAUGACUUAAAGUGAGUAAUGAUAAGGGUUUGUGUAUAGUGAAAGUACCUGACGGUACACCAUGCUGCUGGUUCAGAUAGUUUACAAGAAGCCUGAGUUAACAAGUAAUGACAAAUCAAACAUAACGUGGUUAAUGACUCCAACUGUCAGGAGCGAAACCACUCCAGUUAGCUGGAAUUAUUUUUAUGAGCAUGUGAUAGACUCUUGAAAACCUGUGGAACCUAUCUGGGUCUCGUGCAUUGGCCACUGGGCCAGACAUUCUCCCUCUGCAAUAAGAACCAUUAUCUGCAGUUUAUGUGAUGAUAGUACGGUGAUGUUAAGUUGGUUUUUAUUGCAGGUUGUUAUGGCUUUUAAUUGCAUGGUUAUGUUACACAAAAGCACUACUUGUCUCAUUAAAAUAAACUGAUUCUUUAAAAUCUAGGAACUUGAAGAAGAUUUUUCUGCUGUUGUCAUGGAACGAAAUGGCCUACAGGAGUCACUGAGAAUUCUUCAAGAAGAAUAUCAAACUGCUGUCAAGGAGAAGAAGGUACAUACUGAACAGUAAACCAUCUGAUGGUUUAAAGAAUUUUGGCCAUUGAUUUCACUUAGGUGGUAAUACUUGCACCCAUCAUGGAACCUUAUCAGAUAUUAAUUUUAUUAAGAAUUUUCAAAAUUUUAUUUUGCACAGCUGUAGUAUGUUUAUUAGCAGUCUAACUUUUGGCAUAGCAAUAACAUGUUUUAAAAGAAAGAAAAAAGGAAGAGCACAAAAAGUUAUAAUUGAAGUAAAUUAAAGCCCAUGGUGAUGAAGUUAAAACCUAUUUCCCUGUUUAAUCUAAAGUAUUAUUUUCAAGUUGUUUGCCAAUCUGAAGUGAUAUUUAUUAUGUGUCAUUUUGCAAUGUACACGUAGAAGUACAAGGAUGCCUUGGAAUUGCAAGCUUUGCAAGAAGACAAAGCUCAAGAUCAACUUAAGAUAGACAAUGAACAUUUGCUGGGAAAAAUUCAGGUGAGAGGUCUUACUCUAGUUUCUAUGCCAGAAAAACCUAUAUCCGAUGAUUGGUGUAUAAAGAGAAUGGGGCUCGACGUAUAGUGUAAUCUUGUCAGGUUUUUAACACAUGUAAAUCUUAAAGUGCGAGCAUGGCAAUGUCAAGAGGGGGCAUGCAAUGAUUUGAACACCAAAGGCAAGCCCGGGAUAUACUGUACAGUUGAAAACAAAAUUCUUUUGAUAAUUCAUUUCUUUAUUUAAGCCCUGGCUGGGUACAUUCCCAGGAGUGUACUAAUCUGUAUAAUAUUCCAAUUCUUGAACCCUCAGUUUUUCAAACCUUCAUAAAACCAAUAUUCUGCUUCCCAGGAGGUUUAAGAAAUAAGUUCCACUAUUAAUCACUUUUGUUGUUGUUUUAUUGCAAACAAAUUUACAUUGAUAGGAACUACAGCAUGAAAAAGAAAGAACUCAAGAAACAUUAUUAAAACUUGAACAAGAAAAGAGUCAACUCCUAGACAACUGCAAGGUAACAGUUAUUUUGUUCCUGUUAACUCUGAAUGAGAAUGUGCAUCACUUGAAUCUUGAAUCUGGAGUCCUCACAAUGUGUUUCUGCUAGCCAAUGGUUAACAAGUGCAUCGCUAAAUGGAGGUUGGGUGCCUGGAGAAUCUGGGGGCUUCAACUUUUGGCAGUCGGCCUCUAGACUGAAUAACACCCUCAUGUAUGGCACAAUGGUGCAACCCAGCCAUGAGCUGCCACACAAAAGGAAAUAAACAGACACCCGUCACACUGAAAAUUACAUGUGUAUCGGUGAAAAAAGAGCACUAGGAAGAGGAGAGGGGGAGAGUAGCUGAAAGAAACCUUGGGGCAUGGACAAUGCAGCACAAAGGAAAUUCUACAUGCCCCUGCAUGAAUCAUGAUAAGGAUAUAGCGAACUAGUGGGCGUGUGCAUGCUGAAUGACUGCUGACCUCUAGCACUGAGGGCGCUUUUCAUUGUUAACUCCUUUAAAUUGCAUUUAAACGAAUAUAGAGCUUGUUCGUGUUUAUUCUUGUGCAGUGAUUUGGCUCAAAUGUGUGAGAAUGACUUGAGGCAAUUUGAAAUUUUAUUUUGGCUGAACUCUUGAUGCACAAAGUGUUCACUGCUGUCUUCGCUUUUAAUAGUUUUGGCCUGAAGGUGACCAGUUUAGAAGAAAUUGAUCACUGGCCAGUCACAAAGCUGAUAAAAAUACCGAGAUCAACACCAUUUGAGAGGAGCUGAAUGUUGAAAGUGUGUUUUAAGAUUGUGAAGUGAAAUGCUUGACCAGCUGAGAGUGAAGUGACCUUAGUAGGCAAAUCAAAUUGUAUUGGAGCGGAACCUUUGUUACCUUGCAGGAGCUGGAACUCAAAAUCAAUUCCUUGGAAAGUAUGCAAUCUGAAGCAACCAAGAAACAGAAUGAUAUAAACAUAAAUGAGGUAGGUAAACAAACAACAUGUAUUAACCCUUUAAGCCCCAAUAACCAUACUCAAAUUUUCCAUACUAAUGUCCAUGCAUUUCGUUAAAGAUAUAAUUAUUUAAGAGAAUUUGAUAAUUAAAAGAUCAAAGCAUUUCCCCUUAAAUGAUAAUUUUACUAAUUCUCAUAACCAGGGCUGUCACUAAGAGCUGGGGACUGGGGAUUUUCCCCAGCUACUAUGAGCGUAAGUUCCGGCUUCUUUCUUAGAAAACAAAAGGAAAAUAGAACCAAAAGAACUUCCUAGCCCGGCGACUUAAAAUGUUAGCGGCAGCCCUGCAUAACCAUUUCUCUUUAUUUUAAAUAGAUAUCGUUAGGAGAAAAAUGAUGUCGGUCAGUCUGAAGCCUUAUACCUAGGGUUAAGGUUAGCACUGUGGUAAGAGCUUUGGUCUCCCACCAUUGUGGCCUGGAUUUUAAUCCUGCAGAGGCAGUGAUGUCGGUUGAGUUUGUUGUUGGUUCUUGUAAUUGUUUUGAAAGUGUUUUCCCUAAGGACUGUUUUUUAGAGUGUAGUUUUUACUUCUCCUCAAAAAUUGUCAUUUCCAUGUUCAAAUUCAGUUAGGUUAGAGAAGACAAAUUGUCACAUCGACUUCUGGAUAAAGCCAUCAUUUUCCCAAUUCAUUCGUUUGUUCGUCGUCGUCGUUCUUUGUUCAUUCUUUCAUUAAUUUGUUUAUUCAUUUAGCAAAAUGACGCCCUCUUCUCUUAUGGACACAUUGUUAUAGAUUAGGGUUGAAGUUGUGGCAAACAUGUUUUAGUGGAACUUACUCCUGUCAUUAUGCAUUUGAAAGUAGACAAAGUGCCACACUCCUAUACUGCAUUGAAUACAAGGGACACUAAAAUGCUAAAAUUUGUGGUACUUAAGAAUGAAGGACCUCUGAUAGCACAAGAAAUAGACCACACUGAAGGUUUUUACAUGCGUUUUGUCUCAAGACUGUUCCAUGGUUAUUAAUAGUUAAGGCAAGGUGAAGAUUAUUUACAUGAAAACCAGAAAACCACCCCAAAAACACAUGUAAUCCAUUCUGAAUUGUGUCUUACAGCUUCAUGAAAAAUUGGCCAAGCUGAUGGUAGAAAAGGAAGAGCUUAUAAAGGCUGUGGAAGCAUCUAAUGAUUCCUACAGUGAAAAAGCUGAGCAAGAUAUUAAGGUACAUGUGUAUUGAUUAAAUAACACAAGUUAAAAUGGACAGACAGCUCUUGGCGUACUGUUAAUUACUUUAACAAAGAUUACUUAUCCACCCCUUCUGAUUCUCUCCAGUGGGGGAAUACAUGUUUUUCCUCUUCCCUGAGAAAAUUGUAGUUUAUGUGUACAUUGUAAAACUGUGCCUUCACACUUGAAUUUGGUUAACAUUCUGUGCUGUAGAUACCAGUACCACAGUCCUUUGCAUAUGUUAGUGCUUGUAGAGGGGUUGGAGUAUGCCAAAAAAGUAUUUCCUGGAACUAAAGAUAUUGUUCCUGGAGCAUUUGGAACAAACCACACUUCUACACAUGUAUUCACUCUAUUCUAUGCUGAGUAGAAUCUUAGAACAAAGCUUCAGGUUAAACUUUUCAAGUCUGGGUUUCUAUAGAGAGGUAGAGGAAGGAAGGAGGUGAGAUAUUUAUACAUCAGUGUAUGAAUGUACGUGAAAGUUUCUGUUGGUGUUUGUAGGAUCUUAAAGUGCAAGUCAAUAAUCUGUUAGCAGAAAGAAAUGAAAUUCAGAAUAGAUUUGAUCAACUUGCGCGACAAAGAGGUGCAGAUUUAACAAGUGAGGGGGCAAGUGAAAUCAAUCAGCAUUUCUUGCUGGCAAAUGAGCAGCUAAAAGAAACAAAUCAG